GAGGAGGAGGAGGAGGAGGGAAAGAGAAAGAAAAAGAGCGAGGGUCCGCCGGGCCCGGCGUUUCAUUCAUCGGCUGCCUGGGCGCCCCCAGGGCCAUGGCCAAGGGCGAGGGGGCCGAGAGCGCCUCGGCCACCGGUCUGCUGCCCUCGGGCAUCCUCCAAGCCCAGGAGAGGUGUCUGCCCAAGCAGAAGGAGGGGAAGCAGAAGCUGUCGAUCUGCAACAAGCUGUGCUAUGCCGUGGGUGGUGCCCCCUACCAGGUCACCGGCUGUGCCCUGGGCUUCUUUCUCCAGAUCUACCUGCUGGAUGUCGCCCAGGUGGACCCCUUCUAUGCUUCCAUCAUCCUAUUUGUGGGCCGGGCCUGGGAUGCCAUCACAGACCCCAUGGUGGGCUUCUUCAUCAGCAAGUCCUCCUGGAACCGCCUGGGUCGCCUGAUUCCCUGGAUCAUCUUCUCCACCCCAUUCGCCGUGAUCACCUACUUCCUGAUCUGGUUCGUGCCGGAUUUCUCCACGGGCCAGGUGAUAUGGUACCUCGUCUUCUACUGCCUCUUCGAGACCCUGGUCACGUGCUUCCAUGUCCCGUACUCGGCCCUCACCAUGUUCAUCAGCACGGAGCAGAGCGAGCGAGACUCGGCCACCGCCUACCGAAUGACCGUGGAGGUGUUGGGCACCGUGCUGGGCACUGCCAUCCAGGGGCAGAUAGUGGGCCAGGUGGACACGCCCUGCCUCCCGAACACCGUCCUCAUCGCCGUCAGUAGCAAUGCCUCGGUGGCCGUGAAGGAGGUGAACAGGACGCACGACUCCGGCUCGCUCACCGACACGAAGAACGCGUACAUGAUGGCGGCUGGAGUCAUUGUGGCCAUCUACAUCCUCUGCGCUGUCAUCCUUGUUCUGGGCGUGAAGGAGCAGCGAGAACCCUGUGACUCCCAGACGGACAAGCCCGUCUCCUUUUGGAAGGGGCUCAAACUGGUCAUGAACCACGGUCCCUACAUCAAGCUGAUUGCCGGCUUCCUCUUCACCUCCCUGGCCUUCAUGCUGGUGGAAGGGAACUUUGCCUUGUACUGCACCUACACGCUGGGCUUCCGCAACGAGUUCCAGAAUCUGCUCCUGGCCAUCAUGGUCUCUGCCACCCUCACCAUUCCAUUCUGGCAGUGGUUCCUGACCCACUUUGGGAAGAAAACCGCCGUCUACGUGGGGAUCUCGUCAGUCGUGCCCUUCCUUAUCCUGGUGGCCGUCCUGGAGAGCAACCUGAUCGUCACCUACGUGGUGGCGGUGGCCGCGGGCGUCAGCGUGGCGGCCGCCUUCCUCCUGCCCUGGUCCAUGCUGCCCGAUGUGAUCGACGACUUCAACCUGACGCACCCUAAAUCACGGGGCCACGAGGCCAUCUUCUUCUCCUUCUACGUCUUCUUUACCAAAUUCGCCUCGGGCAUCUCCCUGGGCAUCUCCACGCUGAGCCUCGAAUUCGCCGGCUACGAGACCCGCGGCUGCUCCCAGCCCCAAGCGGUGAAGAUGACCCUGAAGGUUCUGGUCACCGCGGCCCCCAUCGUUUUCAUCUUCCUGGGGCUGUUCCUCUUCAAGCUGUACCCCAUCAACGAGGAGAGGCGGCGAGAGAACAAGAAAGCCAUGCAGCGGGAUGAGAGCAGUUCCAGUUCGGACUCGGACUCCACAGAGCUCGCCAGCAUCCUAUAAGAGCGCGGGGCUGAAGGUCCCGGGGAGGACCGCGAUGACCGGCGACUGGGGUGGGGGAGGCCAGCGCCAUCCUGGAGCAUCUCGGCUCGUCGAGGGACCGGGGGAUGGGGCGGAGGACCACGCGCCCGGGGGCAACCCCGGGUGCCAGGAGUAGUGUACAUUACACGAGACCUACUGAACGAGCACUGUUACUCUCACCCCGUCGGGGGCCGACCCACCCCGGCCUGCCUGGGGGCCAGGCCUGGCUCGUCCCUCUCGCCACGCUGCCCCCCGGCAGGCGGGGCCGGCGCUGACACUGUGAAUACGCUGCGAUCCCCGCCCCCUCUCCACGACGGGGUGGGCGGGGAGGGCAAACACGACACUAAUGUAGAGAAACGUUUUAUAAGACUAAUUAAUAACUUAAUGACGCUGUACAUAUGAAAUAUUUUCCUAUUUGUAUAUAACUGUUUGGAAAGCAGACUCACGGUGCUAUUAAUAUUAUUAAUUUACAUAAAAGCUAUGUGGCGGGGGGAGAAAAAAAG